GCCCUGAGCAUCCUGCAAAACUCCCACCAGAACAUGGAGAUAAAGUGUGGACCUCUAUCAGAAACAAUGUCUUUCGGGCUCAGCUUUUUCCUGCCAACCUGCAUGGGUUCCACGGGUCCAGAAGGUGGCGACGUCGGAAUGGGUCUGUUUGCAGAGAGAGGUCGGUCUGCGUUUCCACACCACCGCCUGGUUACACUGAGUCUGGGCCUGCUCAAUGCAGCACUGCUGAUAGCUGCUGUUGUCAUUGGGAUUUACUGUGCCAAAGCCCAAGACAGCAGCCUUCAGGUUCCUAAUUCAGCAAUUACACCCCUCAUUGCUGAGAUGACCUUUCUCCGCAACAACAGCGGCAUCGUCCGAGCUAAACUGGAGGCCCAGGUGGCGCUGAACAGAGAGCAUGACAACCAAGUCCAACUGAAGCAGCAAGUGAAUCAGCAGAGGACCCUCACUGACAGCCUUCAGGCACAGAUUGAGACACUAUAUACAAUGAAGGCAAAUCUGCAGUCCAAUAAAACUGCUUUAGAGGAAAGCUGUGGCAGAUGCCAACGAGGAUGGACACUCCUUAAAUCAUCCUGCUAUUAUUUCUCUUCUCUCCGUGUGUCCAACUCCAAAAAGAACUGGUUGGAUAGCAGAGCAGACUGUAUGAGCCGAGGGGGAGACCUGCUUGUGAUCAACAACCUGGAAGAGCAGCAACUCAUGCUCGACAACUUUCCAAAGCAGAGCAGCGGUGGCAUGUGGUGGCAGAACGGAUUCUGGAUCGGCCUCACUGACGUGGUGCUGCAGGGAACGUGGGUCUGGGUCAACAAUGUGACUGAGAUGGAAACGAUUUACUGGAGAACCGGACAGCCUGAUCGUGCCGGACCUCAGAGCGGGAACUGUGCUGCUUUUUAUUCCUACACUGAUACCAGGAAGGCGUGGUACAAUGGAAACUGCCACGACCAUCAGUACAACUGGAUAUGUGAGAUGGAGCCAAGCUAGACAUGAAACCUCUCCAGUAGAAAUCAUUUUAAAUGGACAAUGAACUGCAUGUAUGUGGUUAAUUUUCAGGUGUCUACAGAUAUAUAUGUGGAAUAAUAACACCUGUGUGCAGCAGUUGCCCUGCAGCAAACACUGCCUUUUUUCUUUGUUAUAUUUUGGGAAGAAAUUGCCAUCUAAUGUGCAAAAAUAACCAGUC